UUAAGUAUGAUGCUGUUUAUGUUGCUAUUUAGCCGACAAGGCAAAUUACGAUUGCAAAAGUGGUACAUGGCUUAUCCCGAUAAGGUAAAGAAGAAGAUAACUCGUGAAUUAGUAACUACCAUACUGGCACGGAAGCCUAAAAUGUGCUCAUUCUUGGAGUGGAAAGAUUGCAAAAUUGUGUACAAGCGGUAAAUAAAUUAUGUAUAAUUUAACUCGU